AUGCGGAGAGCCCCCCGGCCAGCUCUUCCCUGUGGCAGCGAGAGCCUGCAGCGCACCUGGGAGAAAGCCUACCAGGAUCACAGGAGAAAGGUCCAGGACGCCCAGCCCGUCGUGGACGCCCGCGCCCCCUGGAGCCUCGGCCACCUCCGCCUGAAACUCAAGAAGCUGAAGCGGGAGGAGGCGCGGCUUGCCACCAUCGCCAGGGACAACCGCCUGCUGCUGGAGAAGCUGUCCCGCGUCAUGAGGGCCGGGGGACGGACCGAGAGCGGAGACCACCACGGGCACAAGAGCUCAAUCCAGGACAGGAUCCUGCAGGAGAGCCCCACACCUGCUGCCUGGAUUCUCUUUGAAAAACGCAAGUCCCAACCCACCUGCAGGUCACCCCACACCAUCGAGUGGCUUCCCCCUCCUCCUCCUCCUCGCCUGCCUGAUAUGUCACACUCAGGAAAUGGGGGAAGAAGGAGGGAAAAGAGGGAGCAGAAGUGA